CUCUCGAGCCUCCCGGCAGCCUCUGCGACGGGCGUGGUGCGUAAGGAGCUGACCAGCGGUGGCCGUUUUCCGUAAGAUGGCGGACCGCCGUCGGCAGCGCGCUUCCCAGGACACUGAGGACGAAGAAUCUGGCGCUUCGGGUUCCGACAGCGGCUCUCCUGCGCGGGGAGGCGGAAGCUGCAGCGGAAGCGUCGGAGGCGGCGGCAGUGGCUCGCUGCCUUCUCAGAGAGGCGGCCGCGGCGGGGGCCUUCAUCUGCGGCGGGUGGAGAGCGGGGGCGCCAAGAGCGCAGAGGAGUCCGAGUGUGAGAGUGAAGAUGGCAUGGAAGGAGAUGCUGUUCUUUCCGACUAUGAAAGUGCAGAAGAUUCAGAAGGUGAAGAAGAAUACAGUGACGAGGAAAACUCAAAGGUGGAGCUGAAGUCUGAAGCUAAUGAUGAUGCUGAUUCCUCAGCAAAGGAGAAGGGAGAAGAAAAGCCUGAGAGUAAAGGCACGGUGACUGGAGAGAGGCAAAGUGGGGAUGGACAGGAGAGCACAGAGCCUGUGGAGAACAAAGUGGGUAAAAAAGGCCCUAAGCAUUUGGAUGAUGAUGAAGAUCGGAAAAAUCCAGCCUAUAUACCCAGGAAAGGGCUCUUCUUUGAGCAUGAUCUCCGAGGACAGACUCAGGAAGAGGAAGUCCGACCCAAGGGACGGCAGCGAAAGUUAUGGAAGGAUGAGGGUCGCUGGGAGCAUGAUAAGUUCCGUGAGGACGAACAGGCCCCAAAGUCCCGACAGGAGCUCAUCGCUCUUUAUGGCUAUGACAUUCGGUCUGCUCACAACCCUGAUGACAUCAAACCCCGAAGAGUCCGCAAACCUCGAUAUGGAAGUCCCCCACAAAGAGAUCCAAACUGGAUCGGUGAUCGAUCAAGCAAGUCCCAUCGCCACCAGGGUCCUGGGGGCACCCUACCACCAAGGACAUUUAUUAACAGGAAUGCAGCAGGUACUGGCCGCAUGUCUGCAUCCAGGAAUUAUUCUCGAUCUGGGGGCUUCAAGGAAGGUCGUACUAGUUUUAGGCCUGUGGAGGUUGGUGGGCAGCAUGGUGGCCGGUCUGGUGAGACUCUUAAGCAUGAAGCUAAUUACCGGUCACGGCGUCUGGAGCAGACUCCUAUGAGGGAUCCAUCUCCAGAACCAGAUGCUUCGUUGCUUGGCAGUCCUGAGAAAGAAGAGGCAGCCUCAGAGACACCAGCUGCUGUUCCUGAUGCUGCGCCACCAGCUCCUGACAGGCCCAUUGAGAAGAAAUCCUAUUCCCGGGCAAGAAGGACCCGGACCAAAGUUGGGGAUGCAGUCAAAGCCACUGAGGAGGUUCCUCCUCCAUCUGAAGGGCUUACUUCAGCAGUCGCUGUCCCAGAAACUGCUCCUCCUCCAGCUGCUAAGACUGGGAACUGGGAGGCUCCAGUAGAGUCUGCCACAGGUGGACUUGAGCAAGAUGUGGCACAGCUGAAUAUAGCAGAACAAAACUGGAGUCCAGGACAGGCUUCAUUCCUGCAACCACGGGAGCUUCGAGGUAUGCCUAACCACAUCCACAUGGGAGCCGGACCUCCACCUCAGUUUAACCGGAUGGAAGAAAUGGGUGUCCAGGGUGGUCGAGCUAAACGUUACUCAUCCCAGCGGCAGAGACCUGUGCCAGAGCCCCCUGCUCCUCCUGUGCACAUCAGCAUCAUGGAGGGACAUUACUAUGACCCAUUGCAGUUCCAGGGACCAAUCUAUACCCAUGGCGACAGCCCUGCCCCGCUGCCUCCACAGGGCAUGAUUGUGCAGCCAGAAAUGCACCUUCCUCACCCAGGUUUACAUCCACAUCAGUCACCAGCACCUCUGCCCAAUCCAGGUCUCUACCCACCACCAGUGUCCAUGUCUCCAGGACAACCACCACCCCAACAGUUGCUUGCUCCUACUUACUUUUCUGCUCCGGGUGUCAUGAAUUUUGGUAACCCCAAUUACCCUUACGCUCCAGGAGCACUGCCUCCGCCUCCGCCUCCUCAUCUGUAUUCUAACACACAGGCUCCAUCACAGGUGUAUGGAGGAGUGACCUACUAUAACCCUGCCCAGCAGCAGGUGCAGCCAAAGCCCUCCCCACCCCGGAGGACUCCCCAGCCAGUCUCUAUCAAGCCUCCUCCACCUGAGGUUGUAAGCAGGGGUUCCAGUUAAUAUGCAUUUUUGAAUAUUUCAAAUAUAACAUCAUGUGAAAUAGAUCAGGCGAGGUGGACGCUUGGGAGAGAAGGACAACUGGCUGUCUACUACUUGAGGGCUUCAGAGGUGCGGGUG